AUGGCGCUCGAAACUCUGCGCAAGAUCAGUGGUUCUGCGAGCCACGCUUCAGCCGCAUCGGCCGCUGGUAGCAGCAGCAGCGCUUCCGCAUCGGCCCCCACAUCGGCCCCCACUUCGACUCACAGCGCUUCGCCUGCCUUGACCCCUCGAAACAGCACAUCGCGCGAUAGCCCAAAGGACAAGGAUGCUGCCAUCAGUAGAAUGGCCAAAAUGCGCGCCGCCAUGCAUAUUGGCUCCGUUUACGAUGAUUGGCCCAUGUACUCGGCCAAUGGUGACGACUACAUUGUCGGAGAUGUGAUUGGCUUUGGAGCCUCCUCGGUGGUGCACCAAGGCGUUUUCAAGCCGCUUGACAAAGCGUGCGCUAUCAAAGUCAUCGAUCUCGAAGCCUACGGCCGGGACACGGAAGAGCUACGCCGGGAGACACAGCUCAUGUCACUGUCCAAACACCCCAAUAUUCUCCGAGUGCGUGGUUGCUGGGUUCACGGUGCCAAGCUCCACAUUGCUACUCGCCUGAUGAACAGUGGCUCCAUGCUCGACAUCAUGCGUUUUGCUCAUCCCGAAGGUUUUGACGAGACCGUCAUUGCUACAGUGCUCAAGCAAGCCCUCGAAGGUCUGAAUUACCUGCACAUCAAUGGCUGGCUCCAUCGUGAUCUCAAAGCUGCCAAUAUCCUGGUGGACGAUGAUGGCACGGUGCUGCUUGGCGACUUUGGCGUCGGCGUCUUUGUCGGCGACACGGACAAGUCAUCCGGCACCGUCGCCAACGAGGGCAAGCGCAAGAGCUUUGUGGGGACCCCUUGCUGGAUGGCACCCGAGGUGAUCGAGCGCAAGCACUACGGCACCAAGGCCGAUAUCUGGAGCUUUGGCAUCACCGCGCUCGAGCUAGCACAGGGCCGCGCUCCAAACUCGAAGCUGAACCCCGUCAAAGUCUUGAUGCGCACCAUGCAGGACGAGCCGCCACAGCUCGAUCGCACGGGCGGUGCACACAAAUACACGAAGCUCAUGGACGACUUUGUGCGUCAGUGUCUCCAGAAGAACCCAGAGAAGCGGCCAACGGCAGACAAGCUGCUUUCGCAUGGCUUCUUCAAGCAGGCGAAAGGGCAGAAGCAUCUCAUCUCGGCGGUGCUCGCGGGACUGCCUCCCCUCGCUGAUCGCCAGGAGCGACGACGACUUGCAUCCACCAACACGACGCACAACUACCUUUCGUGGGACUUUGACACCAUCAGCAGCCGGACGACCACGCCGAAUCUCGAUAAGCUGGAUCCCUUUCGCAACUUUACCGGCGUAGUCUCGCUGCCAUCACCGCACGGUUCCGUCCGAUCCACGAAGCUGGUGUCGAUAGAUGGACAACAUGUGCUCGCUACAGAAGACAACGAUCUCUCUCUGCUGCGCAGAUUCAGCAGCUUCGACGCUUCGUCAGACAAGGAAGCGGGCUCGCAAAUCGGUGGCGCCAGGCGACGCAAUCGCUCAGCGGAUACUUCGCUGUCUCAUCGCAAGUCUCUCUCGUUUGGCGAUGCGGACGGUCACAGCGGGACUGGGACCGAAGACGACGCAUACUUGACCAGUGGUGUUCAUGCUCCGCUUGCUCCAAUUGGAGAAGCAGCAUCGCCAAUGGUCAUGCCGAUGAAGCGCACGGAGAGCACCGAAGAGCCUUCCGAUCUCAAGCUCAGUCCCGGUUCUGCGGGGUCGGACAAGGCAGCUGCGGUGGAACGCACCUCGGACGACAAGUCACCGGUCCUGACCCCGCAGAGCGAUGAUCACUCACCCAGCCAAGCGAGCGGCAGCACCUUGAACACCACACCCCGAUCUUCACCUCAGCAGAGGUCGGUCUCUUCCACGAGCACAGCAACUUUCACCUCUCGGCGUGCCGCAGAAGACAAGGACGCUUUGACCGACCCAGCAACGCGCCAAAUCGCGCUUCGACGCACCUCGGACCGUUCGCACAGCAAGGUGGAUCCUGAGGCAAGCGCGCCGGCGGGCAAAAGCAAGCGCGAGUCGGUCUUUGGCAAGCUGUUCAAAGGCCCGAGUCGUAAGGAAGGCAAGGUGUAA